GGGCCAGCCGUUGGAUCCACAUAUUCCUUACAGGGUUUAUGGUUUAGGGUUUAGCUAUAUCUUAGGGCUCGCUUCUCCGAAGGGUUCUUAGCUAGAAAGGGGGAGAAUGCGCUUCGCGGGGGUUGCGAGGAGCGCCAGGCACCUCCUGACCAGCAGCCGCUUUCUCUCCUCUACCACAUUUGGCUCGCAGAGCGAUGGACUCUUCCAGGGACGCUGCUUCGCCACGACGACCUUGGCACAAUCAUCGGCUCCGUCAAAGGUUCUUUUCUUCCGAACACAAGCGGACGAGAUCACUCAGGAGGAGCUCACAGAUCUUGUGAAACCAUUUGGAUCGAUAAACAAGUUCAUUGUGAUGAGAUCAGGGAGAGAUGCACUUCUGGAAAUGGGAGACGUAGAGGAAGCAAGGAGUGUUAUCAAGCACUUCUCUGAGGACCAGGCGCUCCUGAGGGGGAAGGAAGUCCAGGUCGAGUAUUCCUCGCGCCAGAAGCUGAGCGAAUCCGAAAACCCCAAAGUGGAGACUUCUCGGGUGCUUCUUGCCAUUAUUCAUAAUCCGCUCUAUCAAAUGAACGUGGAUAUACUCCACCAAGUUUUCAGCCCUCAUGGCAAUAUCGAGAAGAUUGUCAUCUUCCACAAGGCUGCUGUUCAGGCAUUUAUUGUCUUCGAAUCCGAUGAAGCUGCUGCAGCGGCAAAGUCAGCCCUCCAGGGACGCCAGAUCUUCGAUGGCUGCUGUAAAUUGGAUAUUAAGUUCUCGAUUAAUCAAAAUGUUAGAGUCAUAGCCAACAAUGAGCUUACCAGGGACUACACAAAUAAUUCUUUGCCAGGGGAUUCACAGAGCAAAACCUCUCCGCAGGCUUCGAUCUUGGGUGCUGGCACUGCGUUUUCUACGAUGAAGCAAGGCUCGGUCCCGUUGUCAGGAGUUCUUCCAUUUGGGGUCACUGGAAGUAAUGACAAGUGUACUCUCCUUGUUUCAAAUCUACACGAGAGAACAGACGAAGAGAAACUCUUCAACCUCUUCUCUGGAUAUGGACGAGUACUGCGGAUUAAGAUGUUUGAAAAUGCGAAGCAAGCCUUGGUUCAGCUGGCAGACGGGAUCCAAGCAGAGCUUGCUUUGAACUUUCUAAAGGGAGCACCUCUGCUUGGAAGCGCGAUGGAGAUCUCCUUCUCGAAGCACAACACCAUCAGACACCCUCGUACUCGCGACUUCACAAUGGACCCCUACAACAGAUUCAACAGCGAGUACGUCAAGAACUGCUGCCCGCCCUCGAAGAUCCUCCACAUCUCCAACGUGAGCGACGAGGUGGAGGAAGGCGACCUCUUAAACUUCCUGGCACCCCACGGCGUCAUCCAGAGGGUGAAGCUCUUCGAGUCCACCAACAGGAGGCAAGCUCUGGUAGAAUUCGACACCAUCGAGCAGGCGACCGAGGCUCUCGCCUCCAAGCACAGGUCCAAACUCAAAGCUACCUCGCUCCGGAUCGCCUUCUCGAGGUACCAUGCGAUUCGAUGAUCGUGUAGCAGCGGUGAUACUUCGAUCACUAGAACAACACUAAGAAGAAGUAAGGAUUAGCGAGCUCUAGUCUUCCUCUUGUCUUUGUUUGCUCUCUCGAUUUUUCUUCUCCGUGUUCUUAACUUUUUAAUGUGUAGCAGCUGCGAUUCUCACCUAGAAACCUGCGCAGUAGCAGCAGCAGCAGUAGCAGCAAUGAAUCGAGCGCAAAAAAAAGCUCACGAGGAACGGCAAAAAUAGUUGUUGGCCGGUCUGCCUCGAUUUCGCGUUGACAUGAAAACAUAGUUAACAAAAAAACCAUGGCCGGA